GGUGAUUUGACGAGCGAUAACCGCGCCCACCCUUUCGUCCUACUACCCCUCCGAAUAACACCUGUCGUACAUGUUAACGCGCAAAAAAGCACCCUAAUGCUUUACCCUUUUUCAAAAUUUGGCGCGUAAUUCGAACAAAAUUUAAAAUUUAAUUUUUAUUGAUAGACUUUUUAAAUCAUUUUAGAAGAAGCGAAGAAUGAAAUAAAAGACAAUAAAAUAUAUUUUUAAAUCGGAACUUUAAAUGUCUUCUUGUUAAUUCAUGAAGUUUAAAAUUUAAAAAAGAAAUUAAACUUUGUUUUUUGCAAAAUGAAUUCAGAACAAUUGAAAAAUAUUGUUAAUGUUUGUUCAUUGUUAAAAUAAGUCGUAUCUAGUAAUAUAAAGUAAAUAUUGAGUGAAUAUUGCAUUUAAUAUAUUUCUAAAACAUCUUUUAAAAGUUCGAUAAGUGAUAUCGAAUAAAAACCACCGAUUGAUGGCUUGCCACAAACCGAAAGACAUUUUAACAACCCCCUGUUCUUGGUUUUCAUCCAGGGUGGCAUUUUCCCAUAUUCUAUUUUAUCAAAUUCUACAUAUAUUUCCUCUUUUUAUAUCUUUUAACAUUUAAAUGAUCUAAAACGAAUGAUUAGGCGAAAGUAUAAAAAAAAAAGGUAAACCUAACCAAAGAAAAAAAAUGUCAUUUUUAUUGGCAACUUCGCAAUCCGCCUACCUGGCGAAUAAAGAAAAGGAAGAUUUGUUGUAUUCAGAUGAAGAUGGAGAAAAUUAUAAUUUUAAGUAUAUAUCCGGAAAUCAAUUCAAGUACAUAAUUAAAGACGUGCAAAGAAGAAGAUGCAGAGACGAAGAGGAACGUGCAUGGUGUAAAUUUGUAAAGCAACAAGAAUUAGACGUUAAUUUAAACACUAAAAGAUACAACAGGGAAGACAGAGAGUUAAAAAGACUGGAGGAAGAUGCGCUUCCAGAAUAUAAAUUAGGAUCUUAUGUAGAAGGGAGCGAAAGGAAUAAUCAUAAAUCAAUUUAUUCGGAAAAAGAAAAUGAAGAAGAAGAUAUUCCAAAUAAGAUAAUAAAAACUAAAAGCAAUGAUACCAUUAUCAUCGAUAUGAAUCAGUCAAUCUUGAAAGAAGAUUUAUUGCCAUAUACAAGAACUGUAAAAUCUAAACGAUCUUCAGAUUUGAGAAAAACUUGGUCUGAUAUUGUACAAAGCAAACAUCCCAAAGAAAGUCAUGUAGCAUGCAAUUUCGAACAUAAUUCUACUCUUGAAUUGAGCAUAGAAAAUGAAAGUGAUAAAGAAGAUAAUAUUUUUGUGCAACCAGAUCCCAUUACUGUGCAUAGAAUUAUAAUAAUGCAGCAAAGAAUUUCUGAAUUGUUAGAUGAAAUUUUAUUUAGAUUAGACAGAAUUCCAUUGCCUGACGGAGACAUAGAUUUGAAAAGAAGGCAACAACGCGUCAUGGAAUUUUGUAUAAGAUUAUCGAGGAAUUAUUUAUAUGAUCUUACCAAAUAUGUCAGCGACAUUCAGAAACACGUGCAUGCUGUUUCUCCAUCUGUAAAAAUAAAAUCUAGCCAUAGAGGCAUUACAUUUCAUAUGCAAAUAAUUGAACAAAAAUUGAUGGCUGCUCAUCAGUUAUUAUUACAUGCAUUGACCGCUUAUUGCAGACAUAUUCCUAGUUCAAUUCUGCAAGGACAUUCUAAAAAAGUCAAAGAACUAUUAAAAGUAGUGAUCGACUUGAAAGACAUUUGCGAUCAUAUUCAAUUGACUAAAAAUUAUUUUGGUUCGGGAGAUACUUGUACAUUACCGCUGGAAAAAGAGAUGCAAGCCAAGUGUAAUGCUAUUUUAUCUAAGUUGAGAUUGAGUUCAGGAACUGAAUCGCAAUUAGAUGAUCACAAUACAGUUUCAAAUAUAGUUAUUCCAAUAAAUGUAUCACGGACAAAAGAUCGUUCCAAACAUAAGAACUUAGAAACUCGAUUAAAAAUGUAUAAUAAUACGAAGACCAAAGCAUAUAAGAGCAAUUAUAAAAGAAAUUCUUCAGUACAUCAUAUAAAGGAUAAAAAAACUAACACAUCUCGUAAUAAGGCUAUUUAUAAUGAACACUUAUCUUUACCACAACAACCAAAUUCUAGUCCAAUUACAAAUGCAUCUUCUAAAGGUAUUAUUGAAGAUGAUAAAAAGUACAACAUAUCCUUGAAGGAAGAUGAUAUCAAAACAAUAAUGAGUACAGUCCCCAUAGAUUCUGAUAAUGAUAUCAAUUCGGAAAUACAUUCUAAGCGUAGUACUAAAUUAUCAAAAAAGACAAAGGUAACAAAAGACUUACCAAAUAAAUUGCAUAAUGUAAAAUAUUCUAAAGACGAGUUGAGACAUAAUAAAAGAAGAAGUAGUCAUCCCCAUUUUUAUAAUGAUCCAAUGAAUAAGAAGUAUGGUUCAGCAACUUCUGAUGAAGUAUUGUUUGAAUUUCUUCAAAAGUCUCAACAUUUUCAAGAUUGUAAUGAUAAGGAUGUUUCUAAUAGUGAUUUUACAAGUCGUACAUCAAAAAAACAUUACGCAUCAAAGAGCAGAGAAGAAAUUAAAGAAGGUAGAAACAUGCAAUUGAUUUAUCUUUCAUCUUUGGAUAAUUUAUCUAACGAACAAACAUGUUGCAAUGCUACAAAUUACCUAGAUAAUCUUAAAAGGCAGAAUGGUAGCAUUCAACUAUUUAUUUCUAAGGAAACUGAAGUUAAAUUUUUUAAAUAUAGAGCCGAAUAUUAUAAUUUAUUUAAAUCUAGUCCAAUGUAUUCCAACAAUACGCAGAAUAAACCAUGGGAUAUUGUGGCAUGGAUUUCUGAUAAACUUGUGGACGAAUUGAUCAAUGAAAUUGCGAAGGAACUUGAAAUGCAAGAUAUAAUUCAAAAAAUGUAUCAACUAGAAUUUAAAGAAUUUUAAUAUAUACACAUAUAUAUUUAUAUAUCAUCUCUCAGAUUCUUUAAUUACAGAUAAUAACAAAGAAAGAAUUAUAUUUAUUUGAAACACAUAAAUUUGGAAUGUUUUAGACGUACGUUAC